GCACGCAUCCUCGCUGAGAAGAAAGAACGGGAAGAAAUGCACUUACGCUCCAAAGCUGCUGUAAAACACUGGCCCAAUACCAUUAUGGGCCUGGCACAACGGAAACUUAAAGCCAAAAAAUUACGUGAAGAAAGGGAAGAAGAAGAAAGAAAGUUACUUGAUUUGGAAGAAGAGCAGUUCCAAGCAGCAAAACGGAAGGAGGCUAUUGAUCGUGCAAAAACCUACCUAUACUAUCAGAACGAAAGAGUGAAAGGGUUGCAUAGUGCACUUCUACUUACUGAGGUCCUAAAAGAAAGAGAUGCUCAAGUUGAAUUUAAAAAGUUAAAGUCAGUUGUUAACAAAAAGAAGGAUGAAGAAAAGGAACAUGAACAUACAGAAGCUAUUCUCAGAGAGCAAGAAAAGGCACAUCAGUGUUAUAUGAAUCAACAGGCACUACGCAGAGAUCAGCUGGAACAAAUAAAGGAGCACAAGCAUCAGGCAGAUCUGGCCAAGCUAGAAGACAGAAGAGAAGGGGAACAAAUACAGAGAUUGAACCGAUUGUACCAAUUGGAAAUGCAGAGAACAAAAGAAAAGGAACAGGAGGACAAAGCUGAACGCCAGAGGCUGCAUCACGAGCACAUAACUGACCAGAAAAUAAUCAAAGCAGUAGAGGAACAAAAACAAAUGGAAGAUGAUGAUCGGAUUAAAGCUCAUUUUAAAGCAAAGGAAACGAUUGCCGAGCUGAUAAAAAAGAAAGAAGCUGAAAUGCGUAGACGAACACAGGAACAUCAGGACAAAAUUGUUAGCCAAUUAGCUCUACAAAUGAAUGAGGCAUUAAAGAGGGAAGAUGAUCGUCUUGCUAGAGACAUUGCAAAAAAAGAAGCUGAACAAGAAAAAAAAAGCAAAGAGAAAGAAGCAAAAGAAAAGGCUGCCAUUGAGUCUAUUGCUGAACACAGAGCCACUGUGAUGAAGAUGAAAGUAGAAAAGGAGAGAGAGGAAAAAGCAGAGGGUAAAAAAGAACUUCAUGCGUUAAUGGAAAAGAACCGCAUCUACCUGGAAACGGAAAAAGCCAAGAAACAAAGCCAACGUGACGCAAACAUGGAAGUACAGAAAAUUCAGAUCCAGCAAAUGGCUGAAAAGCAGGCAAAAAAACAGCAGGAAAAGCAAGCAGAUUUGGACUACGAUGCUCAGAGAGAGGUUAUUGCACUUUGUAAGGAGCGUGAAUUUCAGAGCUAUGCAAAGCAAGUAAUUGAAUCAGAGUCCAAGACUACACAUCAUCUUUAUCCUCUUCUCAAAGCAUCCAAAGAUGGAAGAGGACUUGGACACGGGCCACUUCCAGAGGAAGAGAAGGAAUAAAUACUAGUUUUCAAGCACAGGAUGGUGCUGGGACCCAGUUACCUUGUUGUAGCUGUACUA